AUGUUCGCCUUUCAAGUUGCUACCGCAGUGGUUGCUGAAGAAGAAUCGAAUAAUCAAGGGCGGAAAACAGAGUAUCGUGGCUCUAUUCUUGAUCACAAUAUUGUCAAUCGUAAUAGAAAGAAAGAUCUUACUGAUGAAUAUCUUCGAAUUGGGGAAACCACUGCGAUAGAAAGUCUUAGAGCUUUCGUCAAAGCAAUCGUAGAAGUUUUUGGUGAUUGGUAUCUAAGGGCACAAAAUGAGGCCGAUGUUUGUCGAUUAUUAUCAAUUGGAGAGCAGCGUGGAUUUCCAAGAAUGUUAGGGAGCAUUGACUGCGGUGGCUUCACAAGAUCUUUGGAUAUGACAUGCCUUUUUGGAAUGUCUGGAUCACUAAAUAAUAUUAAUGUUCUUGAUCAGUCACUUAUCUUCGCUGCACUUGUUAAAGGUCGUACUACUCCUGUCAAUUAUACAAUUAAUGGGCAUGAAUAUACAAUGGGAUACUAUUUAGCAGAUGAGAUUUAUCCUAAUUGGUCAACCUUUGUUAAGACAAUCUCAAGAUCAUUACGAGCAAAGACAAAAUAUUUUGCAAGUAAGCAAGAAUCUGCAAUAAAGGAUGUGGAGCGGGCAUUUGGGGUGCUCCAAUCUCGUUUUGCAAUUUGUCAUAUGGUGAAAUACCAUAACUACAUGAUUUUCUUCAAACUCAUAAUCGAAUCAGGAAAGCAACUAGCUCUCAACUACAAGAAGAUUUGA